AUGUUUUGUGCAGAGGGUUCUUUGAAGUUCCUUUGUUUCACGAUCCUGAAAUAGUGGACAGGAGCUGGGCUGGGAGGGUUUCUUUCUUGUUUUUAGCCGUUUUGUUAGCAGUUUGUAUAGUUUCUAUCACCAAGUUGUGCAGAUACAAUAGGCAGGGGUCUUUGCGUGGUGUUCGAAGAACUAUAAGAUAGGGGUGGAGGUGGCAGAUAAAUGUGUUCGUUUUAAGCUCGAAAGAUGAGUUGAGGCUCUCUCCACUUUGUUGUCUAGUAAUGUUUCUCUUAGGUCCGGAGCUGUGUAUCCAGUGGUCAAAGGAACCUUCUAUGAUCUUCCUUGUCCUUCAAACUUGAGUGUUUGAUGGGGUUUAGGAUCUUUGUUGGGAGUUUGUCUUGUUGGUCAGGUAGUUACUGGUUGAUUUCUGUCUUUUUAUUACACAGCCCAUGAAGAUUUAGCUUUUAGAAGGGUUGUUUUUACCAUGAAAGAAGUGAGUAUAGGGUGGGCGAUGCGUAGGUUCCACAUUAAUGUUGCUAAUUUUAUGUUUGUAUGUUUGUAUAUUCAUGUUGGUCGUGGAUUGUACUAUGGUUCUUUUCGUUUGUUUAAGGUGUGGGCUAGCGGUGUUGUUUUAUUGUUGUUAGUAAUAAUAACAGCUUUUACUGGGUAUGUACUACCUUGGAGUCAGAUAGCUUAUUGGGCGGCCCAAGUUAUUAGAAGAAUAGUUACGGCUAUUCCUUUGUUUGGGAAUGAUAUUGCCAUAUGGAUUUGGGGAGGGUAUGCUGUAGGGAAUAUCACUCUAAAGCGUUUCUUUAGUCUUCAUUUUCUUAUGCCUUUUGUUAUUUUGGGCAUCUUUUUUUUGCAUUUAGUGUUUCUGCAUGUGAGGGGUUCUGGAAAUCCUUUAGGUUU